UUUUUUUUUGUUAUUUGGUAGCCAGUUCAAAGUGGCGGGGGGUCCCUUACGCUUUUUUGUUUUUCCCUCCAUUCAAAGUGGGGUCAAUUUUUCUUUUUUUCUUUUCUUUUUAACUCUUUCAUUUUUAAACUACACUCUCCCCACUCUUCCUUCUUUUUUUUUUAAUCAUGUUGGCAACUCGUUCCAUUCUCAAGACUGUAGCUCAAAAUCACACUGCUUCCAAGGUUGUUUUCAAGAACAUUGCUGCUGCUCCUAUGGGUGUGAGACACUUCAACGUUUCACCUAUCAGCAAAGCUCAAUCACCUGAUGCCGAAUCUGAACUCUUACGCCAACAACGUAAAGUACGACCUGUUUCUCCUCACUUGACGAUCUAUCAACCCCAACUUACCUGGUAUAUGUCUGGUUUACACAGAGUCACUGGUGCCGCUGUGGGUGGUGCUUUCUACUUGGCUGCUAUGGGUUACCUUGCCGCUCCUUCUCUUGGUAUUACUGUUGAUACUGCUAGUAUGGUCUCUGCUGCUGCCGCUGCCCCUGUUGCUGCUAAGGUCCUCGCUAAGGUUACCGUUGCCACUCCUUUUGUUUUCCACUGCUUGAAUGGCAUUAGACAUUUGGCAUGGGAUGCCACCAAGUUUCUCAAUAUCAAGGAUGUAUACAAGACUGGUUACGCUGUUAUCGGUGGAACUGUUGUUGGUACUUUGUAUUUAGCUAGUUUAUAAUCAUAGCUUUAUGAUUCUUUUUAUUUUAUGUUUGUUACUGAAGAAUAAAUAAAUAUAUAUAUAUAUAUAUAUAU